AUGGCAUACGUACCAUCACCUGUCCAGCCCGUCGCAAGGUCACCUUACUCGAUGCCAGAGUCUCCAUCCUCGAUUUCAAAGACAUCAACCUUGCAUAGUGUUUCCGAAAAGGAAGAACUCAAAGGCACUUGCCCUGUUCACGGAGCCUCGCAAACACCCCAUCUCGAGAAGAUGCUACAAGCCCGACCUCGAGCCGAACUGCAACAGCUCACAGUUGCUCUCAAUGACUUGGCUGAUGAGAACAGAUGUGCCAAAUGCGCCGUACAAACCAUAACAAACAUCGUGAUGGGAUAUGUUCAGGAUGUGCGCUGGGCCAAGAAGAAUGGCAAGUGGUCCAAAGAAGACAAGAAGGCGCUCAAGAUGGAGAUUAAGGGGUUGGCCAAGGGUGUCAAGGCAGAUAUCAAGAGCCGUAAAGCGGAGAUGAAGGACGAGAUGAAGAGCCACUGA